CCUGUAGACACAAUGGCCGAUUCGGAGAAGAAGCAAGCUGAAGUGCCACCAAAACCCACCGCAGAUAUCGCCUCCGACCCGGAAGAAGAUGAUCUGUCUGACCUCGACGAUGUUCUAGACGAGUUUGCAAAUACAAAGCUGGACGCGAAGUCUGCACCUGCAGCCCCUUCGACUACAUCAGCCGCCAUACCCCCCGCAUCAUCAUCCUCUGAGUCUGGCAGGCCGAACCCGGAGGAACUGCUCGUUCAGGAUGAGGCGGCCUUUGCGAAGGAGCUCCAGAAAGAGAUGGAGCAAUUGCUCGGCCAGGGAGAUUUCCAGAAACAGUUUGAAGAUAUCAUGAAAGAGGUGGGCGGUAUGGUGGGCGAGGAAUCGCUCCCAGGCUCUGGCGAGGGUGCUGCAGCGUCGUCGUCGUCGUCCUCAGGAGACAAAACCAACGCACCAUCCCAGAAGAGCGAGCAGAAUUUCCAAGAAUCGAUACGAAAGACCAUGGAGCGCAUGCAAGAGUCGGGAGAUGCAGCGUCUGCUGCCGCAGCGACAUCGUCGCAGGACGACAUCCUUGCGCAGAUGCUCAAAGAGAUGGAGUCUGGUGGAUUCGGCGGCGAAGGUAGCGACGAGGACUUCUCGAAAAUACUAAUGGGCAUGAUGGAGCAAUUGACCAACAAAGAUAUUCUAUACGAGCCUAUGAAGGAGCUUCACGAUAAAUUUCCUAAAUGGAUGGAAGAGAACAAAACCAAGACCGAGGAGAAGGACCUCAAGCGAUAUGAAGAGCAACAGCAGCUGGUUAAAGAGAUCACAGAGAGGUUCGAGAGGCCGGGAUACACAGACGACAAUGCGCAAGAUAGGGAGUAUAUCGUUGAGAGAAUGCAAAAGAUGCAAGCGGCCGGAUCACCACCGCCUGAUUUGGUUGGCGACAUGAAUGCUGCCCAAGAGGCACUGCAGGAUAUAGACCAAGGCUGUCCUACACAGUAA